AUGGAAAACGUGCGCCGAAAUCUGUUCGGUAAUGGAUCAACCCACAUAGGGAUACCACCUUCGCCUUCCCAAGGAAUGAUGCCAGAUAAGUUCGAUGGCAAAGCUGGGUUCAAAACGUGGCAAAAGAAGAUGUGCUACUACUUGGCCAGCAUGAACAUGGAAAGGUACCUCACAGAGGAUCCACCAACGCUUCCACAAGGUGACACAGAUGUGUAUGUGGUUGGAAGUAUGGAUAGCUGGGCUCAAGGAGACUAUUGUUGCAAAAUUCAGAUUCUGAACCGUUUGGUCAAUGAUCUGUAUGAUCUCUACAAUAUGUACAAGACUUCAAAAGCAUUGUGGCUAGCUUUGGAGACCAAGUACAAGACUGAUGAGUCUGGGAUGCAGAAAUUCUCAACUACGAAGUUCCUGAACUUCAAGAUGGUGGAUUCCAAACCAAUUAUGGAACAAGUGGAGGCUCGUCAACGCAUCUUUCAGGAGAUCAAUUUGGAAGGGAUGUCGAUCUGCAAUGUCUUCAAAACGAAUUGCUUGAUCGAGAAGCUACCACCAGUCCGGUCGAAUUUCAAGCAUUACAUUAACUUCAAGCGUAAGGGGCAUGAUGUUCAUGUAGCUGAGCAUAAGGUCAAGCUGAAAAGCAAGGGUAGAGGGAUCUCUAUUCCUCAUAAAUCGUUGAAGGUGUCAUCUGGACCAAACUUCAAGAAGAGCAACCUUGAGAGGAAGUUUAAAGGCAAGUGUCAUCAUUUUGGUAAGAUUGGACACAAGGCUGAAGUGUGCAAAAGCAAAGCCAAAGAUCUCAAGUUGCAAGCAAACCUAACUGAAGAAGACAUGGUUGCGGUGGUUACGGAAUGUAACUUGGUUGAUAUCUGGAAUCCAGUGGAGUGGUUCUAUGACACUGGUGCUACCAGACAUAUAUGUACUGAUAGGACCAUGUUCACCACCUACGAGAAGAACAAGUUAAAUGAUUAG